CCGGAGCGGCGCUGCCGGGAUGGGAGCGUGAGAGGGGCGAGUCCGCGGCCGGAGCAGCUGCGGUCUGAGCGGGGGCUGGUGCCGGCGGGCUCGGACCGCCAUGGAGCCCGUGACCAAGUGGAGCCCGAAGCAAGUGGUGGACUGGACUAAGGGCCUGGAUGAUUGCCUGCAGCAGUAUGUCCAUAAAUUUGAACGGGAGAAGAUAAAUGGUGAACAGCUGUUACAGAUUUCUCACCAGGACCUUGAAGACUUGGGUAUCUCACGGAUUGGACACCAGGAACUGGUUCUAGAGGCUGUGGAUCUCCUGUGUGCACUGAACUAUGGCCUUGAAACAGACAAUAUGAAGAACCUGGUUCUCAAGUUGCGAGGGUCGUCCAACAAUCUGCAAAACUACAUCAGCACCCGUAGGAAAAGUUCAAAUUAUGAUGGAAAUACCUCUCGCAAGCCCCCCAAUGAAUUCCUUACUUCCGUUGUGGAGCUUAUUGGUGCUGCUAAAGCCUUGCUUGCAUGGUUGGACAGGACCCCAUUUACAGGUAUUGCUGACUUUUCAUCAAUGAAGAACAGAAUCAUUCAGCUCUGCUUGGACCUCACUACUACUGUUCAAAAGGAUUGCACUGUGGCUGACAUGGAAGAUAAAGUCCAGACUGUGGCCAAGACUUUAAAUGGCAUUUGUGAUAAAGCCAUCAGGUCAACUACAGACCCGCUGAUGAGCCAGUGUGCCUGCCUGGAGGAGGUCCAUUUAACCAACAUUAAACCUGGAGAAGGCCUGGGAAUGUACAUCAAAUCCACUUAUGAUGGAUUGCAUGUAAUUACUGGAACUACAGAAAACUCCCCUGCUGAUCGCUCCCAGAAGAUUCAUGCUGGUGAUGAAGUGAUCCAGGUUAACCGGCAAACUGUGGUUGGAUGGCAACUAAAAAAUCUGGUGGCAAAGUUGCGAGAGAAUCCUGCUGGAGUUAGGCUGCUGCUUAAGAAACGUCCUACUGGCUCUUUCCAUUUCACUCCUGCUCCACUGAAGAACCUGCGCUGGAAACCACCCUUGGUGCAGACCAGUCCCUCACCAGCUUCAACCCAGUCACCAGAAAGCACCGUGGAUACCUCGCUGAAGAAGGAGAAGCCAGCCAUUUUGGACCUGUACAUCCCCCCUCCACCAGCUGUUCCGUAUUCUCCUCGAGAUGAAAAGGGGAGCUUUGUGUAUGGAGGAGGCAGCAAACGCAGUCAGCCACUACCGGGGUCCAAGGGCGCCGAGUCUCCCAACUCUUUUUUGGAUCAGGAGAGCCGAAGGCGGAGGUUCACUAUUGCUGAUUCAGAUCAGCUGCCUGGGUAUCCCAUGGAAGUAAACGUCCUACCAGCCAAGAUGAGAGAAAAAACACAGUCCUACGGAAAACCUCGUCCUUUGUCAAUGCCUGCUGAUGGAAGCUGGAUAGGAGCUGCAGAACCCUUCUCUAGGCCACGAGGAUCAGGGAGAAAAGGUGAAGAUGUCCUCUGCAGGUACUUCAGCAAUGAAAGGAUACCCCCGAUCAUUGAGGAAAGCCCCUCCACGCAGCACCCGCUCUGCAGACCAGUGUCUGACAAGCAGUUAGUGAGGGGAACGGAUUAUAUUCGAGGCAGCAGGUGUUUUAUGAAUACAGACCUCCACAACAGUGCAACGAUUCCUUUUCAAGAGGAAGGUGCUAAAAAAUCAUCGGUUACAUCAUCCACAAAAUCCUCCUCGGCAGAGCCCUCGCUGCUGGUCAAUUGGUUCACGAGACUGAAAUUGUUGACUCACUGACUCGUCCCCAGCGCUGUUACCAAGUGCCUUUGCUCGUCGGUCAGAAUUCUCUACUUUGCAGCUUAACUGACACACAGAGACUAAUGCAGUAUUCUUUUCCUGGAGAAUCUCACACUUUAGCCUUUUUGUUUGUCAUUUUUGAUGGUUCAGAGGGUUUCAUAGUGCAAGGAGGGAAGAAAGAUCAAGCUCCUCUUCCUGGCCAAAAACUAAAGGCGAUUAUUCCUAUGGAAAUGAGUAAAAUUUCAGUGAGGUAGAGGCCACACGUGACCUGGAAAAUGCCUGGUGACUCAGAGGAAAACAUUGCAUUACUGUGAAGCCCAGUGGCACUUUAGUUGUCUGAAUGCUCAGAGGCUGGUGCAACUGGCAGGGCGUCAGAGUAUGAAGAGCUCACAGAAGUUGUCACUCUCCUGGCUGGGAAAAUAAGCAGGGAAACAGCAGUUUCAUGCAACUUGGUGAUGCUGUUUCAAGUACUGCAUGAGAUCAACCUUGGGAGGAAGAAGUGGUGGUGUUACCAUUCUUUCUCUGAUAUCCAGAGUUCCUGUGAAGUCUUAGGAAGAGAGUUCUCUUAUUCAGAGAUUUUAGGAAGUUGGACUAAUUUAAUUAUAAAUCAAUCCAAGCUUAUAUAUAUAUAAUCUAUUUUAUUUGAAAUCACAGUACAAAUAAGGAGCACUGAACAGCUGCGGUGCUCAUCUGUAAGGGUAUAUGGAUUGCUACAACAAGCCAAGGAAAUGCAUCUGUAGAGGUGGUGAAAGAAUAUAUAUUUUUUCCUUAAUUGUUUAAGAAUGACUUGCUGUUAACCAAAGUAACCUUUAAAGACAGUCCUGUUGGAUUUAUGAGAACUUUUUCAGUGGUUCAGUUUUUGAAUGAUGUGUUGUUUUUAUGAAAAAUAUGUGCUAUUACACACUACAAUUGUAAGACAUCUUGCUAUUUUCUAUAUAGCUCUAAUUUUUACCCCUCCAGAAUUUUAAAGUAGCAUUGGGUAUUUUGGGAGGAAAAUAAAACUUGUUUAACAAAAGAGGAGGACAUUAAAGAGGUAUUGUUUAAGAAGGAAUGUACAUAAGAUUGUUAGUAUGCAAACAGUUGUGUUUAAAGUUAUUUAAAUGUUAAAUACAGUUGUAUAUAUUUUUACAUUUAAACAGAUAGUUUGUACCUUCCUGUAUUGAUGUAUUGGGCACAGCUUAGUCAAAUGAAAAGAAAAUAAGAUUUUGUAUUACCUUAUAAUUAUAAGACUAACUAUUUUUGUAGAUGAGACAUUGCCAACAGCCUCUUCUCCUUUGGCCUUGCUGAAAAGAAGGAUUUGUAUUUAAUGAGUGGUGGGGAAAGAGAGGGAAGUUAAAUGCUAGUUUGCACUUAGGACUGGGGCAGGAAUCGCAUGUGAUAGCGGGAUGUUAAAAACACACUGUAAUUCUGUCUGUGAAGAUGUCACCAUUCUGCUGCAACGAGCUGAUGAAGUUGUGUGCUACUGCCCCGCAGAGAGAGACAGGGUGUUUCAUUCACUUCUCAAUUAAUUAUGUUUGAUUGUGACUCAUUGAUGACUGGGUUGGCUGGUUUGGACCUUUCUGAUCAAAGCAGAUAUGUCUGUCUUCUGCCACUCUCCUCCACUCCCCGAGAUGGCAGUCUGUACUAGACAUGAACUGCUCCUGUGCAGCUGAACCCUGCAACAGUUUGGUCCUGCCUCCAAGAAAAGGGCUGAGACUGCCAUAUUGUAGGCUCUGUGCUGUAGUAUAGUCCAGCCUCAAAAGGCUGAACUGUUCUAAAGCUGUUGUCCAAACAAGACUUUUAAAAUGGCAAUUCUGCUCAUCUUCAAUGUUGUGUUUACUUUAAAAAUGAAAGGAGGCCAUCAUGCUUAAUCUCUUGUUGUGUAUAGUGAAUGUAGAGGAUGCUCUACAGUUUAGGGGUAAAAAAAAGUCCCACAGAUCUAGGCAUAAAUCACAGCUGAUACCCUUCUUGCUUAACCUGCAAAAAAUUCUGCUAUUAUGCAAAAACUUGGCUCAUCUCUUGAUGUUGAAGGUAUGUGUAUCUAUCAGAUCAAGAACUGUAUCUAGGCUGACUUCCCUAAUGAGUACCACCUAAUGUACAUUUCCAGAUAUCCUGCCGUGGUACAGUACUCCACAAUAUUUUAAAUACACUGUCAUGGUGGGAAAACAAAAAAUGCAGUUAAUUGGAAAAGAUCAUAAAACCCACAAAAUGGAAAAAUAAUAUUUAGUACUGUUGCAUAUAUGUAUAGUAGGGAUCAUGCACUUUUGAAAUAUUGAGCAGGCUUCUGUUGAAGUCUGUAGAAUACGUGAAAGCCAAUACCUUUGGUUUCUCUUGCAUAACCAUUGCAAAAAAAAAGUCCUAGUUUGGAUGGUAAUGUGUGAAAGGAAAUAAGACAUAAAAAUGAACACUAACAGCUUGUAGAGACAGAGUGCAGGGCAAUUCGCCAAGCCAUGUGUUUCCUCUAGUAUAAUGGACAAUUAAUCAGUGUUUGAAUUCUGGAUGACCAACAGAGGUGAACACAGUACUGAGAGUAUUAUACUAAUUUUGUGCUAAUCAAUGAGCCAAUAACUUUUCCUUCCUCAUAAGCAGGGCUUGUUUUACCAGUAACAUGCACCAUGGUCUUGGUGCUUGUUGAACAGAAAGGAGAGUGAGUAAGAAUUCAAAACUUAACCAAACCAAGAAACAGAUGGUAAAGACUAGUUUUAGAGUUGGAGAGGAUAAAGAAUUUUCUUCUUGCAUAAAUGUUUCUUUAUUCCAAA